AUGUUUGGCAUCUUGAACCCUAACAAGAGCCAGAAAAUCAAGGGAACUGUGGUGUUGAUGCCCAAAAAUGUUUUGGACUUCAACGCCAUCACUUCCAUCCCUAAAGGCAGUGUUCUCGACGCCCCCGGAAAAAUCAUCGGCGGUUUCACCGGCAUUGUCGGCGAAGUUGUUGACACUGCCACUGCCUUCUUAGGCCGGAAUGUCUCCAUGCAGUUGAUCAGUGCCACUAAAACUGAUGCUGGUGGAAAGGGACAAGUUGGAAAGGAAACGUUUUUGAGCAGUCAUCUACCUCGCUUACCAACAUUGGGAGCAAGACAAGAUGCAUUCAGUAUAUUUUUUGAAUAUGAUGCAAAUUUUGGAAUCCCUGGAGCAUUUUACAUAAGAAACUACACGUCUGCUGAGUUCUUCCUUGUCAGUGUGACUCUUGAAGAUAUUCCUAAUCGUGGAUCUGUUCAGUUUGUUUGUAACUCAUGGAUUUACAAUUUCAAAAGCUACAAUAAGGACAGGAUCUUCUUCACCAAUGAUACAUAUCUUCCAAGUCAAACACCAUCUGCAUUGACUCACUUUAGAAAAGAAGAGUUGCUGAAUCUAAGAGGAAAUGGAACCGGUGAACGCAAGGUGUAUGAUAGGAUAUAUGAUUAUGAUGUUUAUAAUGAUCUUGGAAAUCCAGAUUCCAGCGACAAACUUGUUCGUCCGAUCCUUGGAGGGUCUAGCACCUAUCCUUACCCUCGCAGGGUUAGGAGCGGUAGAAAAUCAACCAGAAGAGAUCUUAAGAGUGAAAGUCCGGGUGAGAUUUAUGUUCCGAGAGAUGAAAAUUUUGGUCACUUGAAGUCAUCGGACUUUCUUAUCUUCGAUGAUGUUCGUGGACUUUAUGAAGGCGGGAUUAAGCUUCCUACUGAUAUACUUAGCCAAAUUGCCCCUUUACCGGCUCUUAAGGAAAUCUUGCGCACAGAUGGCGAACAAGCACUCAAGUUUCCACCACCUCAUGUAAUCAAAGUUAGCAAAUCUGCAUGGAUGACUGAUGAAGAAUUUGGAAGAGAGAUGGUUGCUGGUGUAAAUCCUUGUGUGAUCCGUCUUCUUCAAGAGUUCCCGCUGAAAAGUACUCUAGAUACCGCUGUAUAUGGUGAUCAGUCUAGUACAAUAACAAAAGAACAGUUAGAGACAAACCUCGGCGAGCUCACAGUAGAACAAGCCCUUAACGGGAAGAGAUUAUUUGUCUUAGAUUACCAUGACGCGUUCAUGCCGUAUCUGGAGAAGAUAAACAUAAGCGCAAAGGCAUAUGCCACAAGGACAAUCUUGUUCUUGCAAGAUGAUGGAACAUUGAAGCCAAUAGCCAUUGAAUUGAGUCUGCCUCACUCAAAUGGGGUUCAAUAUGGUGCUGAAAGCAAAGUAAUUUUGCCUGCAGAAGACGGCAGUGUUGAAAGUACAAUUUGGCUAUUGGCCAAGGCUCAUGUGAUUGUAAAUGAUUCAUGCUAUCAUCAACUCAUGAGCCAUUGGUUGAAUACUCAUGCGGUGAUUGAACCAUUCAUCAUAGCAACAAACAGGCAUCUAAGUGUGCUUCACCCGAUUAAUAAGCUCUUAUAUCCUCACUUCCGUGACACGAUCAAUAUCAAUGGACUUGCUCGACAAUCUCUAAUCAACGCCGAUGGCAUUAUAGAGCAAACAUUUCUCCCCGGACCAUACUCCGUUGAGAUUUCUUCAAUCGUUUACAAGAAUUGGGUUUUCACUGAUCAAGCAUUACCAGCCGAUCUUAUUAAGAGAGGAUUAGCUGUUGAGGAUCCAUCUUCUCCCCAUGGACUUCGUCUUGCGAUAGAAGACUACCCUUAUGCUGUUGAUGGGCUAGAAAUAUGGGAUGCUAUCAAGGCAUGGGUCCAAGAUUACGUCUCUUUAUAUUAUCCAACGGAUGAAGCAGUGCAAAAGGACGCUGAAAUACAACCUUGGUGGAAGGAAGCUGUAGAGAAGGGUCACGGUGACUUGAAGGACAAGCCAUGGUGGCCUAAGAUGCAAACUAUUGAAGACUUGGUUCUAUCUUGCUCCAUUAUCAUAUGGACUGCUUCUGCUCUUCACGCAGCUGUUAACUUUGGACAAUAUCCUUAUGGAGGAUAUAUCCUGAACCGUCCAACUCAUAGUAGAAGACUCAUCCCAGAGAAAGGAACUCCAGAAUACGACGAGAUGGUGAAAAGUCCUCAAAAGGCUUAUCUGAAAACAAUUACAUCAAAAUACCAGACUGUUAUUGAUCUUUCCGUGAUUGAAAUAUUGUCAAGACAUGCUUCUGAUGAGGUGUACCUCGGCGAGAGGGAUAGCAAGUAUUGGACAUCUGAUUCAAGGGCGGUUCAAGCCUUCACAAAGUUUGGAACCAAACUAGCUGAAAUUGAAGAGAAAAUUCAUAGCAGGAACAAAGAUUCUAGCUUGAAAAACCGCUACGGACCAGUGCAAUUGCCCUACAGUUUGCUCGUUCGAACAAGUGAAGAAGGUUUAACCUUCAAAGGAAUUCCCAAUAGUAUCUCUAUUUGA